AUGGUUGUCUCAAUCAAUGGAACAAAUUCAAGAAUGUUUGUGUCUGGGUCUUGCGAUACAACUGCCCGUUUGUGGGACACUCGUGUUGCAAGUCGAGCAGUUCGUACAUUUCAUGGUCACAAGGGAGAUGUUAAUACUGUGAAAUUCUUCCCAGAUGGAAAUAGAUUUGGAACUGGUUCAGAAGAUGGAACUUGCAGAUUAUAUGAUAUUAGGACUGGGCACCAGCUCCAAGUUUACCAGCAGCAGCAUGAUGAUAAUCACAUCCCUCACGUGACUUCAAUUGCCUUCUCCAUAUCAGGCCGACUUCUCUUUGCUGGGUACUCCAAUGGUGGCUGCUAUGUAUGGGACACUUUAUUGGCAGAGGUGGUUUUGAAUUUGGGGUCUCUUCAAAACUCCCAUGAGGGUCGGCUCAGCUGUUUGGGAUUGUCUGCUGAUGGGAGUGCCUUGUGUACAGGGAGUUGGGAUACAAACCUGAAGAUUUGGGCAUUUGGAGGGCAUAGGAGAGUGAUCUGAGUAUUAAGGUGUCGGCUUCCUAGGAUUCUCAUUUGUAAAGCUUUCCAGGGCAUUGUGCUUCCUCUCUGAAUCUCUUUGUAAUCCUGGUAAGAUCUCAGUGAUUUGAGAAACCAUAACCCCGACUGUUCCUCAUUGUAUUAUUUAAUGGAAUCCGAAACAGUUUUUAAGUUGGAUAAAGGAAAAAUAUUCUUCAAGAUCGGUUGGAGAUGCCACUUUCUUUGUUUUGUUUGCCUUUUUGUGUUUAUAUACCUCUGAUUCAGUCACCCCUAUAAUCAAAUUUGGUGAACAAGUUUGAUUUUUGGACUCUCUAGUAGGUAUAUCAAUCGUGUCGGACCUUACCGAGUUCGUGUCAAAAAAAUAAUCCAUCCAUAUCUAAUUCAUUUAUUAGUUGUGUCAUGUUGAGUCUACUCUCGUAUACGAAACGGGUGACUUGAAAAAGACUCAAAUCUUUUAAAUUCAUGUCGUAUAAAUGAGUUAUCAUAUUUUGCCACCCUACUCUAGCCCCUCGAGGUGGGUUGAUUAUUCUUGAAGAUGAAGGAAUACGCAGUGCGGACCAGUUCUUUUGUGGAGGAUAAUUUUUUUUUGGAAUAAUUAGCAUAGAACCGACACUGCAAGAUAUACACAACCACCAAAAUGGCGCAGGGACUCGGGUACUAGCGUGACUUCAAGGGUCGCUGGUGAGAAGACAAGGACUAGCAAGAUUUGCCAUUACCUCAAGCUUGCCACAUUCUAUCAUUGUAGGUGUAGCUGUCAAAGAGGCUAGACUCCAACUUUGAAACAAAGAAGGAAUCAAGAUCAAAAGGGCCUCUAGACUUCGACUUUGAAACAAGGAAUGGCCGUUGGAUUUGGGUUGAACAUUGUACCCCUAUCAGAUCCAUUUCCGGUACUUUUCUCCUUUGAUUUUUUUCUUGAGAAAUGUUAUUUAGAUUUAAAUUGUGG